UUGAUUAUUGUUUUUGUGCUUGAAGACUACGUCUGGUCAUUCAUUCUAAAUGAGUUCUUCUUCUUCUUCGUAAGUCAUUCAUCCUCUGUUACCAAACUUCCUAACCUGAUCGAUCGUCAUACAAUUCCAAAAUGGAUUCCGUCACCAUAGGACAACCAACCGGCGUCUGCCACAUAGUAGCCAUGCCCCAUCCCGGCCGGGGUCACAUAAACCCUAUGAUGAACCUCUGCAACUUGCUAGUUUCCCAAAAGAGUGAUAUUCUAAUAACCUUCGUCCUCACAGAAGAGUGGCUUGGCUUAAUUGGGUCUGAAGCCAAGCCGGACAACAUUCGCUUUGCCACAAUCCCUAAUGUGGUCCCAUCGGAGAAGGAACGUGCCGCCGAUAUGGUUGCGUUCUUUGAAGCCGUCAUGACCAAAAUGGAAGUUCCGUUUGAGCAACUCCUGGAGGUUCUCGAGCCACCACCUAGUGCCAUUGUGGCUGACACUUUUCUGCCUUGGGCAGUCGCCGUCGGCAACCGGAGGAACAUUUCUUCGGCGUCGUUUUGGCCAAUGAUGGGGUCCCAUUUCUCCGUGUUCCAGCAUUUUCAUCUCUUCCAGCAAAAUGGACACUUCCCAAUUGACUUGUUAGAGAAGGGCAAUGAACGUGUUGACUACAUCCCAGGAGUUUCUUCCAUACGGUUAGCGGACACUACUAAUUUCAUUGAUGGAAGCCAAUCAAAAAUUCUAGACAAUAUCCUCAAGGAUUUUUCUUGGGUGCCCAAAGCACAAUAUCUCUUUGUCACCUCCAUCUAUGAGCUUGAAACCCAAGUGAUUGAUGCUAUAAGAUCAGAACUCUCACUACCAGUUUACACAAUAGGCCCAUUACUACCUUCCUUCAAAGCUAUCAGCCCCACUAGUAAUAACCAUCUACAAUGGUUGGAUUCUCAACCUUGUAGCUCUGUUUUAUAUAUCUCUAUGGGAAGCUUUCUUUCAGUUUCAAGUGCUCAAAUGGAUGAGAUCGCAGUUGGUUUGCGAAAGAGUGGUGUUCGAUUCUUUUGGGUUGCUCGCACUGAAACGAAUAGGUUACAAGAGGUUUGUGGUGAUAUGGGGUUAGUUGUUCCCUGGUGUGACCAGUUUAGAGUGUUGUGCCAUUCUUCUGUUGGUGGGUAUUGGUCACAUUGUGGAUGGAACUCAGUUAGAGAAGGUGUUUUUGGAGGUGUUCCUUUUCUUACCUUUCCCAUAACUUUCGAUCAAGGUACAAAUAGUAAAGUGGUUGUGGAGGAUUGGAAAAUUGGGUGGAGGGUGAAGAGUACUGAGGCGAAAAUCGACCAUUUGGUGACAAGUGAGGAAAUUGCAGUGUUAGUGAAAAAAUUUAUGGAUUUGGAGGAUGAUGAAGGGAAAGAAUUGAGAAGGAGAACAAGUGAACUCCAACAGAUAUGGAAAGGUGCCAUUGCAGAAGGCGGUUCAACUAAAACUGGCAUCAAUGCGUUCAUUAGAGACAUUUCACAGAGCCUUGAGGGUUAAGCAGAACUGAAUCUUCUUGUUGGAUCGAUGUUUCACUAAGAUUGUUUAGACCAUGGAUUUCCUUCACUGGAUACUCGUCAUAAUGUAUGACUAAAGAGAACAUGAUUAGUUGCAUUUGAUUUUGUUUAGUUAAAAAUGUGUAGUGACAUGUUUACCCCAUCCAGUUUAAUUAUGGAUGUGUUUUAUAUUAUUUUUGAUCACAUAGA